AUGUACAAAAAGACAACAGCGAGAAGAGGACAAGUUGGACAGGAGCUACAGGGGAAGGAGCUACAGGUGAAGGAGCUACAGGUGAAGGAGCUACAGGUGAAGCAGCUACAGGUGAAGGAGCUACAGGUGAAGGAGCUACAGGUGAAGGAGCUACAGGUGAAGGAGCUACAGGUGAAGCAGCUACAGGUGAAGGAGCUACAGGUGAAGGAGCUACAGGUGAAGGAGCUACAGGUGAAGGAGCUACAGGUGAAGGAGCUACAGGUGGAGCAGCUACAGGUGAAGGAGCUACAGGUGAAGGAGCUACAGGUGAAGGAGCUACAGGUGAAGGAGCUACAGGUGAAGCAGCUACAGGUGAAGGAGCUACAGGUGAAGGAGCUACAGGUGAAGCAGCUACAGGUGAAGGAGCUACAGGUGAAGGAGCUACAGGUGAAGGAGCUACAGGUGAAGGAGCUACAGGUGAAGCAGCUGAGUCAGACUGAUACCUGGGGCUCUGGCCGACUCCACGUCUCUUCUGUCCACUCUGUUGUCCACUUGUUUCCUGCCGUCUGUAUAAGAAAGACUUAUCAAACACACAGACCAUAUAUGGACAUGAGGGGAGGACAUUCCAGCCACGCCAGCUGCCUCAGGGCGGCUGUGGCUGUGGAUCAAAGAGAUACCUUUACACACAGACACUGA